AUGAAGUCGUCGGGUCGAUGUUCUGUUGUUGCUGCUGCAUGUCAUCGAUGGACACCAGUUAAAGUCGAUCGGAACAGAUUACUGGAUAUGAAAACACGAUCCAUAUCACACAAUUUUUCUUUCAAUGAUUCCUCGUCCUAUUUUCAACAACAAAAUAUGAAAAUUUUGUUUCAGAGAUUCUUUUCUCAAAAUUUUAAAUCCUCUUCAUCAUCAACUUUGGAGGAAGGAUUUAAUGAAUCGGAAUAUAAUUGUUUGAAAAAUAUUUAUGAAUCUAAAGCAUCAGAAGAAGAAUUUAAAAGGAAGGAACAUUUGCAACCGGAGCCUCUAAGAACCUAUCUGUUGAACACGUCGCUUUAUCCAGUGGAAGGAUAUCAAAUUGCUGACCUGAUGGAAGAAGCUCUUCAACAAGGAAACUACCAAAAAACGGUUGACAUUUUUACAUCCUUUGCUAAUGAGAGUUCUCGAAAUAUUCGUUGUUAUGAAUUGGUUGUUGAUGCUUUGAUUGAGUUAAAAGAUUUUAAACUUGCAGAGAUGAUUUGUCUAAAAGGAGCUUCCAAAUUCUAUUUGCAAAGAAAUAAUCCGAUAUUUAUACAACUAUUGCGAAUAUAUUGUGUCACCGACCAAGUUGAAAAGCUUGACGCUCUUUACAAACAGCUAACUGACAGCGGUUUUAUGGACAGGUUUAAACAGUACGCCGUUCUGAAGAGUUUUGCAGAUCGUUCGGACUUGAAUUCCAUGGAGAGGUUUUUUGGCAAGAUAACAAACCCUUCCGAGCAGAUUCUGCAACUAAUGCUUACUCCCUAUGUGAAUAAUGACUUGGGAGUUGAAAAAGUAGAAGAAAUAUUCAAAAAAUUUUCUCAACCAAAUACCAAGAUUUACAACAUUGUAAUGGACUAUUUCGUUAACAAAGGAAGCUAUACAAAGGCCGAGGAAAUAUAUCGGAGUAUUAAGGAACCAGACACACAUUCUCACAAUAUUAUUCUCAAAGCUUAUACGCAAAUACAAGAUACGCUCAAGUUGGCACGACAUGUACAGCAACAUCCACCAGAUAUUUAUACCUAUAAUACUCUUCUCACAAAGUAUGCCAAACUAGGAGACAUUUCAACUGUUGAAAAUAUUUUCAACAUGAUGAAAGAUCGUUCUUUUGACACUUACAACAUCAUGUUGAUGGCGUAUAAUAAGGCAGGAAGAAAUGAUAAGGCCCUUGAAUUUUAUCAAACAAAAAUACCGUCCUCUAUCCAAGACGGAUAUUCGUAUGCCACUUUGAUGAAAAUUAUUGCUGAAGAGUAUGAUGCAGAAGCAGUUCAACACAUUUAUCAAUCUAUUGAAAAGCCCAAUGUGAUCCACAAAAAUAUUUUGAUGAAUACACUUGCAAAACAAGGUAAAAUGAAAGAAGUCGAAGAAUUAUUCAACAGUAUUCAAAAUCCUGAUGAAUAUAGCAUCAACUCACUACUGAAAGCAUUCAUUAAUGGGAAAGAUUUUGAACGUGCUGAAAUAUGUUUCAAAGAACUCAAAAAUCCUGCAACAAGUACUUGCAAUAUCAUGUUAAAAGAAUACAAGAAACGGAAAAUGACUGACAAGAUUCGAACAAUUUUCCACUCCAUGCAGAAACCCAAUAAUCAGACUUAUACCUUAAUUCUUUCAGCACUUCCUCCAUCAGAGGCAAUGACCCUUCUGAAACAAAUACCAAAUCCAAAUGACCUUCAUAUUAGGGCAAUUAUGGGUAACUUUGCAAACUCGGGUGAUGUUGACAUGGUCAUACAAAUAUUUGAGAAACUCGUGAAUCCUCAACCCGAAUCUUAUGCCAUUCUAUUGUCUGCUUUAACAAAAGGACUCAACAAGGACAAUGUUGCUGAAAUGUUGCCUAUUAUUGAUCACUAUUAUCAGCAAAUGCCAGACAAGACCUAUCUUGCUGCUGUGAAUUGCGUUCUUAAAGGAUAUGCAGUCGCUGGAGAUUUCGCCACAGUUGAAAACAUUCUUUCUCAGAUGCCAGAAGUUUCAAUUAUUUCUGAAAACUGUCUCUUGAGAGCUUAUAAGGAAGCUGACAUGUAUGAAAAAGCAUAUCAUUUCUACAUGAAUGAAAUGAAGACGGUUGAUAGUGUGUCUUUUGUAUUGCUCAUGGCGUGUUACUAUAAGAGCGAACAAAGUCGACCUUCCACACUGCUGGUCGAGGAAUUAUUUGCAAAAAUUGCUGAACCCAACGCCAUUGCGUACAACUCACUCAUGGAAUAUUAUUGUCAAGACAAUACCCUUUCUUCCUAUUACAAGGUACUGAAAUUAUUUAAGAAAAUUCCUGACCCUGACAGAACCUCCUUGUCUCUUUUAAAGAAAGCCAAUGAAGCCAUUGCAAAGCUUGAGGCGAAAUAG